GCCGGCGCCAUUUAGGACAGAGCCGGCGCAGGCGCUCGUACGCGGGGUUCGCGCUGCGCAUGCGUACGGGUUGAGGUGAGGCGAGGGGCCGGGGUUUGGGGCACCGGUCUCGCCGGGGUAAGCUUCCAGGGACCCGGUGCGAGCAUCCGGCCGCCUGGGGAAGGCCUCCAGCCACCCGCAGUGCGCCUCCAGCUGCCCGGGAGCCCGCAGGUCCCGGCGCCAGCCCGUCUGUCCGCCGGCGCUGAAGGGAAGCCCGGUGUCGCGUUGGCGCCGUCAGGAUGAAGCUGGUGAGGAAGGACCUGGAGAAGGACAACGCGGGGCAGGUGACGCUGAUCCCCGAGGAGCCCGAGGACAUGUGGCACACCUACAACCUACUGCAGGUGGGUGACAGCCUGCGGGCCUCCACCAUCCGCAAGGUGCAGACCGAGUCGGCCACAGGCAGCGUAGGCAGCAAUCGGAUCCGCACCACCCUCACCCUCUGCGUAGAGGCCAUCGACUUUGACUCGCAGGCCUGCCAGCUGCGGGUCAAGGGCACCAACAUCCAGGAGAACGAGUAUGUAAAGAUGGGGGCCUACCACACCAUCGAGCUGGAGCCCAACCGACAGUUCACACUGGCAAAGAAGCAGUGGGACAGUGUGGUGCUGGAGCGCAUUGAGCAGGCCUGUGACCCGGCCUGGAGCGCGGAUGUGGCGGCCGUCGUCAUGCAGGAGGGACUGGCGCACGUCUGCCUUGUUACACCCAGCAUGACCCUCACCCGUGCAAAGGUGGAGGUGAACAUACCCCGCAAGCGGAAAGGGAACUGCAGUCAGCACGACCGGGCUCUGGAGAGGUUUUACGAACAGGUGGUGCAGGCCAUUCAGAGGCACAUCAACUUUGAGGUGGUGAAGUGUGUACUAGUGGCCAGCCCAGGCUUCGUGCGGGAACAAUUUUGUGAUUAUAUGUUCCAGCAGGCGGUCAAGACUGACAACAAGCUUCUGCUGGAGAACAGGUCCAAGUUCCUGCAGGUGCACUCAUCGUCAGGACAUAAGUACGCACUGAAGGAGGCCCUUUGUGACCCAGCUGUAACUAGCCGUCUCUCUGACACUAAGGCAGCGGGUGAAGUCAAAGCCUUAGAUGACUUCUAUAAAAUGCUGCAGCAUGAGCCUGACAGGGCUUUUUAUGGUUUAAAGCAUGUAGAGAAGGCCAAUGAAGCCAUGGCCAUUGAUACCUUGCUGAUCAGUGAUGAGCUUUUCCGGCACCAGGAUGUGGCUACACGUGCCCGGUAUGUUAAAUUGGUAGAUAGUGUACGGGACAACAUGGGUACAGUGCGCAUUUUCUCCAGCCUUCAUGUGUCUGGCGAGCAGCUUGGCCAGCUAACAGGGGUGGCAGCCAUCCUGCGAUUUCCUGUUGCUGAGCUCUCUGACCAGGAAGAUGAAUCAAGCUCUGAAGAGGAUUGAUAACAGUGACUUUAUUCCACAGUUUAUUUCUGAGUCACGUUGAAAUGACGUUAAAGGCUCUCCUUUCUGAAAUCAUGCGUGCAAACAUACCAUGACAUCUAAUUUAAAUUUUGAUAGUAUUUGUUAUAAUACAUACCUCUGCUCACUGCACUAAUGGAUAACUGUUCUAUGGUAAUGGUUAUGGGUAUGCUGUGGAUUGGAGCUGUUUUGCAAGUUAAACUGCGGGCCUCCAGCAGUACAAGAAACUGAUCUGUGUUCCAGAAGCUGGUCAUUCUGCAUGUGAAGGCAGACUGGAAGCUUAAUGUUUUGCAAUGUGUAUGAAAAGAUAAUAAACUUGGAGAAAAUUAUGUCAGACUGUCUUUAUUUCUGUUCAAAUGCUUGAAAGCAGUAUUAUGAAUACAAACUUCUUAAUCCAAGACUUAGCAUAACUAUAGUUGGUUUUCUUAGGAAUUCACUUGCCACAUUUUAGUGUCAUCCCCACUACUCUUUACCCUUCUUCAUAUCUGUUAGGUGUUUCUUAAAGUGUAUGAAUUCAACUGGUUAAUUUUUCGGUGAAAUAUUUGAAGCAAUCUUCUAGAAAACAGACCAUUCAAACUAACAAUUUCUUCCUUAAUGUGGUAGUAGAUGCACGGCAGACUGUGAAGCUCAGUGUGUCCAUUUCAGUUAUCUCUUUGAAUGCUCUUAUCUUGAGAAAUUGUCCUGAGGAUUGACAAGGGAUGUAUGCUAUCAAUGGCUAUGUUCAUGGCAUAUGAAUUGGCAUGGAGGUUAAGUAUCCAGUUCUGUGAAGCCACGUGAAUAUAUGAUUAAGGCUCACAAAAUCAGGUCCCUAGUUUCCAUUAGGAAUCUUUUGACAACUACUACUAUAAAUAAUUUCAUAAUAUGUUAUUGGUCUACCUGUUGCCCAUUUAAAAACAUUUAUAAUAUAGAAGUAAAGAUUACAAAUUUACGAAUAGAAGUUGGCUUAAGACAGUGACAACUCUAAAAAUCAAAAUUACUUAUCAAAUUAUUUAUUUGAUCUGUUGAAAGUGCUGAGAGCCACAGUAAGUUUUACUUCUUUGCGGGACAAAAAAAGUCUUAUGCUGAGGAAGUAUAAGCUCUUUUCAGAUUCUGACAUGUAUGAAUAUGUGAGAAUGAACCUAGGGAAUUGUUUGUUCAAUUUAAGCUAAUGUGUGGUGAUGCAGGUUGUGGGUGUAAAUAAGCAUUUCUUAUUAAAAUGUGGUAGAGGAUAAUGGAACAGGAGAGACUGGAAAAAAACAUUUAGGAAAACACUGAAGUUCUGUGGGUUGAUGUUUUGAUUUUUACACUGCAGUAACAAUUGAGUAAAAACAGUUUGCACAAAAUAAUUUUACCAAAAAAAAUUAAUGGUGCUCUCUUAAUGCUGAUGUGUGCCAGCUCUGUGAAUUUGAUAUUAUCUAUGGUGUAUCAACUGAAAUACCAGCCUAAACUCAUUGAUAGGGAAGUCAUUUUGAGUUAAAAGCCCUUUUUUUUCUGUCUUCCCCACAGAACAGGUAUUCUAAAGAAUGCAUGAACAGCACAUGCAUUAAAGCUGUACUUGAAUAAUACUAUGAUUUUUCUCUUGAAGACAAGCCUGUUAAGAGAGUUGUUUACAGUCAGUUUGUACAGAUCAGCUAUGUUAUUUGAGCUUUAUAGUUUUGUCUUGACUGAUGUUGAGUGCCACACAUCCUCAAAUGGUCAGGUAGGCUCUUUCAUUAGGUAGGACUUGCUAAAUAAAAACAACUUUUUUUCUUUUAAAAAUUUGCCUAUUUAAAUUUUAUACACUAUCAGCUUUAAAGCAACCUGAUUCUUGCUAUAUAUAAAAUUAAAUGUAAAGAAUACAUAUAGCAUGUAGAGGAGUGUAGCCUUCAAUAAAUAUUAUUUAUAUUGUUUUAUAGACAUUCAUUCCUAAAUAUAGUCAAUAACUUCUCUUUUUAAGAUAAUCUUUUACAUUAUUUCCCUUUUUAAAUUACUGCUAAUUUGUUGCAAUUGUACACUAAUGCUACUUACUGUCAGAUUAGUAGUACACCAGGAAAUUCUAAGUUUAAUUCUCAAUGAACUUUAAAAGACAAACCAUACUGUUCCUACACUGUGAAGUUUUUUCUACUUUUUGGACCAAAUUGAAUCCAGUUACUCCAUUUAAAAAGAAAUUGUGAAGAAUUUGCUGUGUACUGUAGAAAGGUUACAAUGACACAAUUACUUUACUUGUGCCUGAGCUAUGGUAGUGUAUCAAUGACAAAAAGUGGCAACCGUUUUGCUACUUACUUGUUUUUUAAGAUGUACCAGCAAGCAUCUGGUAAGAAACUAUAUUCACAGUGAUUCUUUGAAUUAUUUACAAUUAGAAUUUUACACAGACUUUACAAAUUAUGAAUGUUUCUUUUUUUAGCUACUGCUGUCAUUGCAUUAAGCCCCUGAGAGAAAUAUACAACUAGUUGCCCAAAGUAUGGAACGAUGGGAUUUUUUAUUUUUUUAGUAAGCAUUUUAUAGUAAAAUAAAUAUACAUUCAUUCUGUAGACAACUGCAUCCUGUUUCAGGAAACAGCUUAAGGGCUUAGUUUAGAAAGCAGACUAUAUUCAGUAGUGCAGAUGCUUGACCUGGCAUAGUUCCAGGAAUGUUAGUGUCUUUUAAAAUUGAAAGAAUUGUGAGUAGCUGAAACGUUGAUAUCAGCAAAAAAUACUUGUUUGUUAAACACCUUAAAUUCUGUGUAUAGAUAACAUAGACAAAAGAUGCAUGUUACCUGCUGUUCAGAUGAGUAAGUGUUAAAGCUAUGGGAAAAUAAUUUUCAUGUUAUUUCCUUUUGAACUAGAAAUAAAAAAUGAAAAUAAACAUGAAAUAAAA